CACCACGACGCGUCGCGCGCAAUGUCCGGCCCGUCUAAACGCGCCAAAACGGUUUCCACGAACGAAAAUGCGUCUCCCGCGUCUCCUGGCGCGUCGACCGCCCAGAAGCAGUGCCUGCAGAACAUCGAUUUGCUCGAGAUGAUUCUGCGCGCAAACUACGACCCAUCGCUGCGACCGAGCCGGGUGUCGCUGCUGAGCGUAGGGCUGGCGUGCAAGUCGUUCACACCGACGGCCGUACGACUUCUCUGGGAGCAAAUCCCGAGUUUGGUGCCACUUAUGCGGUUGUUGAGGAAUUUCAGUUUGAACGAGGAUAUCAUGCUAUGGGAACUUAACGGAAUCAUCCGGGAUGCAGAUUGGCAGCUGUUUGACCGCUAUGCGGCCUACGUCCGCGUGGUGGACUACACGUAUUCUUCGAGCUCGUCGAUGCCGGUGCAAGGCGCUGUUUACCUGCGUCUUGCCAUGCGGAAACAACCACUACUUCCCAACCUGCAACGUCUCGUGUUCACAGGUAUGACCUCGAAGCCAUACAACGACGGCGAGCUCCUGCUUUACUUGUCUCCAAGCAUCAACUCGCUCACGCUGGCCUCUGGAUACACAUCGACCGCACAGACCUUCCUCGAACUCCUCGCCCAACAGUCCCCGCAUAUCGAGAAACUUUCCCUCAGUGGCGCGCGGGAGUUAGUCGGAUUGGACGCAGUGUUCAAGGGUCUUCGAACGCUUGACUUGAAAACCAUCCGGGAGCCUCUCACCACGGCUGACUUACAGGUCGUAGGUGGUAUCCCCGACCUGCGGGUGUUCUCCACCGACCUCGUUAUGUGGGAUGCCAUCCAAUUUGAGUUGAUCCCCCACGACACCCUGUUCCUAUCUCUCUCCGAACUCAACGUCAAGUCCACGCGAAAGGCAAUGUACCGGAUCGUGCCGGCGUUUCUGCUUACCAUCGGCGCGCCGGCGCUGAAGCGGCUGGACGUUCUGCUGUCCCGCGACUCGUACCAAGACCGUGUUGAUACCUCGCAGCACCCCGCCGCGUUUCGCACCCUCGGCAGCCGCCUCGUAUCCCGCUGGGCGACCAGCCUUGAAUAUUUAAGCCUGAACGGGAUGUCCCUCCACUCCAUCGACGAUUUCCCUUUUAUAUCCGGCCUCACUUCCCUCCGCACGCUCCACCUCCACCGUCUCCUGACCCAGGGCACAUCGUUGAGCGACGGCAACGUGCUCACCGUCGUCCGCACCUGGCCCGUGCUCGAGACGCUUACGUUCGCGGAGGGCCACGGCGACGCCGACAUCGCUUUCUUCCAGGCCCUGGCGGAGCACUGUCCGGCGCUGCGCGUGCUGCACGUGCCGUUCACUCCCACCCGGAACAUGGUUCCCGAGAUUCCCAGGGGUGGCGCGCCGCCCAAGGCGCACGGCCUGCGAGAGCUCCGGCUGAGCGCGGCGCACAGUGCGAGCGGGUACAGCUGGGACGGCGUAGAUCUGCAUCUGCUGGCGCGCCAUCUGGACAGAAUGUUCAAGGACCUGGUCGUCAUCCAGGGCGAGGAGUACCGCGGGCGGUGGAGCGAGGUGGGGAAGCUGGUGAUGAUGUGCCAGGAGGUGCGGCAGACAACUUGGGCGGCCUGA